AUGGCCGCACCCCUCCUCUCUCCACCUCUCCGUCCUCGCUCUCGCAAAAUGCACAUCUCCCGCUUCACUCAACUCCUCAUCUUCUCCUGCGUGGUACUCUUUGUACCCACUUAUCUCUACCUGCGACCUUCCUCCUACCACCUCUCAGCAGUAGAGGGGACACAGGCUCCAAAAGGACUUGUUGGAGGAGAGGUCAAGAUGGGUUCACAAGGCUGGGGACCAGUAGCGAUUGAUGAGGAUUCUACUGGAGCAGGAUCAGGAUCAGCUUCAGGAUCGAGCUGGAGCAAAUGGGUGGAUCCAGCACGUAUGAAAUCGGGCGACUUUUGGAAAUCUGGAUGGAAGACACCUUGGGCUGCUGUUGGCGCUGUCGGAGGGAGUGCUGCAAAAGACAGUGGAGGAGGAAGUGUUGCACCUUCUUCUCCUGGGGAGGUGGUAGUUGCUCCGGCUGCUGGGCAGGUGGGGACGGCAGCGGGAGUAAUCCCUGCUGCUAAUGGUGGAGAGGCGUUUGCUACAAAGAUGGCUAAUGCGACGGCAAAAGCAGAGCUCGGCCGUCACACUUGGCACUUUCUCCAUCUCCUCACCCUCCGCUUCCCCGAUAAGCCCACACCGGAACAACGCACAACCCUCUCCACCUUUUUCCACACAUUUUCCCUCCUAUACCCCUGCGGUGAAUGCGCAAAUCACUUUCAGCAGCUACUAAAGGAGAUGCCUGUGCAGACGUCCAGUCGAAUGAACGCGGCAUUAUGGCUCUGUGCGGCGCAUAACAGGGUCAAUGAACGAUUGGGGAAGCCGGAAUUCCCUUGUGAUAAGUUGGACGAGAGCUACGACUGCGGAUGUGGUCCCGACCCAACCUCAAGCAAGACGAUCCUCCUCGGCCCCUCUCUGCCCGCCACAGCGGGCGUCUUCGCUUCUACUGCCGGUCUACUACAGAGAAGCGAGAUAGGCGGCGAAGCGGAGGAUACCAAGUGGAUGAUGGGUCGGAGCGUCGAGGAGUGUCGGGCGUGCCGAGGAGCCUUCGCUGGACGAUAG